UAUGGCUAAUGUCUUCCUCAUUUCGUACAAUAUGUAAGAGAUACACGCACACAUAGCUUCCCAUCAGGCGGGUCGUCUGAUCGUUUGCUGGCUUAUAUAAAAAAAAUAUUUUUUAAUAGUCUACUAAUUUUACAAAUAAUAUUUUUUUUUAAGAAAAGUAAUUUUACAUGUGAAGCAAAUGGGAUUCCUUCGUAUUAUUUGUGAGUUUACAUUUAUUGCACAUUUGGUGCUUAGUACAGAAGCAGUUGAAUAUUCUGAAAAAGAUGAGGGAUAUGCACAAGGAUUUAUUCCAAACUGUCCUGGUGAUUCGAAGCCCGCCGAAAUCAAACCGGAACAUUUAAACAGAAUAAAGAUCUCAGUAUUGGGCAGAGGCUCGCUUUUCCAAGCCAGUUGGACUUCUUACAACUACCACCACGUCAAAGCUAUAGCCAAGGACCCAAAUGUUGACUUCAGAAGAAAGACGAUCGUGUAUUGCCCUGGUUAUUUGGAUUCGACUGCGUUACCCGUAGGAAGAAGCAUGAUGGUACUCUAUAAGCAGUUGGGGUAUAACGUGUUGAUAUUAGAAUUUAUAGAUUUCACUACGGAUGUAUUACCGGUAGUUGUCCGUUUAAUGCGUCCUGUCGGAAAGCACGUCGCCGAAAUGCUAGCCAACCUGACUACGGUCGGCCUCGACCCAAAAAAGUUGGAACUGGUUGGUCUCAGCCUUGGUGGCCUAUCUAUGGCCUUCACGGCCAAGAACUUCCAGCAAAUUACUGGUAGAAACAUCUCAAUGCUCACCGCUCUCGACCCUACUGGACCCUGCGUCAGACAUCUCGGACCUAAGGAUAGGUUAGACCCGUCCGACGCUGACUUUGUCCUUCACAUCGCAACGAAUACAGAGGGAUAUGGCAUAGGCACUCCAGUCGGACAUAUAUCAGUCUACGUAAACGGAGGAGAGCACCAGCCUGGUCUACUUCCAACGUUUCUCUGCGAUGAUUUAUGCAGUCACUUGCAGGUGUUGUUUAUAUGGCUUUCGGCAUUGGAAAGUCCUGGCAAGUUCAUCAUGAUGCAAUGUGACUCUCUACAGCAAGCGAGAGAUCACCAAUGUUUUGAGAGGAAGCCAAUGGUAACGAACACUCUCGAUCUAUAUACGGAUAGAAAUAAGCCGGGUAUUUAUUACUUGGCAAUGAAGCCUCAAUACCCUUAUUAUUUAAGUAAGAAAGGCUUGAAACGAAGUGGCGCGGACGUUUUGAACCACAUAAGUAACCUUAAUGCUGUUGACGUGCUGCGGGUUUAAUAAAACGAAAAGAAUAUCUUUGAUACUAAGAAAAUGAAAGAGCUCAAAUAAUAGUAUAUUACGAUACGAGUGCGAAAAAUAGGAAACUCGAAACGAGUGGCGUUAAUUAAAACACGACCGAAGAGAGGUAAAUAAAUGGUUUAAAUCUGUACCCAAAUUCAAUGAAAAACCCAUUGAUUCGGGUCCACACUUGUAGGGCCAAGGAUGGUCGGCUGUUUGUCACUUGUCGCCAUGCCUGUCACGUU